AUGACAGCAAGAAAGGCCCACACACGUAGUACGGUGGAGAAGCGUCCAUGGCCUGAGCACGAGCCUACAAUUACCUUUGGAGCUGGAGAGGUUGAGCGCUCCCACCAUGACGACGCUCUAGUGAUCUCCGUCCAAAUCGCCAAUGCCCAAGUCAAGAGGGUGAUGGUUGAUACGGGGAGUUCCGCCGACGUCCUCUACUUCGAUGCCUUUGGGAGGCUCGGUUUGACCCAGGAAAAUCUUACCCCUGUGACAUCAGCUCUUACAGGGUUCACCGUAGAUUCCAUCUCCCUGCUCAAAACCACAAUGCUCCCCAUUACCCUCGGGGAGGAACCGAGGAUGAAAACAAUAAUGACCACCUUCAUGGUGGUCGACCUACCAUCGGCCUACAAUGUCAUCCUCGGCCGCCCGACCCUCAACAGGAUCCAGGCGGUGGUCUCUACUUAUCACAGAACCAUCAAGUUCCCAACCUUGGUAAGGAUUGGGGAGGCUUAG